UCGGCUACGGCUGAGGCGGCGACGGCGGCCGAGAUUGGAAUCCGCCUGCCGGGCGGGCGCGGGCGCGGGCGCGGGCAGACGGGGGCGGCCGGAGGGGAGUGGCGGCCAGGAGGGCUCGGGCUCCGCAGCGUCGGUCCGCGCCAGACGGGGAGCGCACGGCCGGCUGCGCGAGGGGCGACCGGGCCGGGCCGCAGCUCGCCGAGGGCGGAGGCCGAGCCGGGCCCCGCGCCGCGCCCCGCGCCGCGCGCCGAGGCCGGAGGAUGAGCUCCGCGGCGUCCGGAUUUGUGAAAAUAUGCAUCAGUUUAAUACUGUCCUGGAAUUCAUGAGAUGGAAGCAUAGGUCGAAGCUGUUUGAAGAGGACGGGAAGAGCACUGCAGGACCCACAUCUCCAAGGAGUCAAGAGAAUUCAGAGGGAGGUGGAGUCAUUGUCAAGUGAUUGUGGCCUCACAAGAAAACCUCCCGGAGUGAAGUCACUUGAACGUGUGGAGUAGCACUUAUCAAGGCCACGGUGUAUGGGACAUCAAAGUCGAACGAUGACUCAGCUCUGCGUUUACAUCAGGUUACUGGGAGCCUAUCUGUUCGUCGUCUGCCAUGUCCAAGGGCAGAAUCUAGACAGCAUGCUCCACGGUGCCGGGGUGAGGUCAGACUCCGACCCCAAGAAGACGGUGGAGAGCGGAGUGACCGUAGCGCCGGAGGACACCUUGCCGUUUCUAAAGUGCUACUGCUCAGGACACUGCCCGGAUGAUGCCAUCAACAACACGUGCAUAACGAAUGGACAUUGCUUCGCCAUCAUAGAAGAAGAUGACCAAGGAGAAACCACUCUAGCUUCAGGGUGUAUGAAAUACGAAGGGUCUGACUUCCAGUGCAAGGAUUCUCCAAAAGCCCAGCCUCGCCGGACCAUAGAAUGUUGUCGGACCAAUCUGUGUAACCAGUAUUUGCAGCCGACACUUCCUCCUGUCGUCAUAGGUCCAUUUUUUGAUGGCAGCGCUCGGUGGUUGGCCGUGCUCAUCUCCAUGGCCAUCUGCAUAAUCGCUAUGAUCAUCUUCUCCAGCUGCUUCUGUUACAAACACUACUGCAAGAGCAUCUCAAACAGACGCCGCUACAAUCGCGACUUGGAACAGGACGAGGCGUUUAUUCCGGUGGGAGAGUCUCUGAAAGACCUCAUUGACCAGUCGCAGAGCUCCGGCAGUGGGUCCGGACUGCCCUUGCUGGUCCAGCGAACUAUUGCCAAACAGAUUCAGAUGGUGAGACAGGUCGGGAAAGGCCGCUAUGGAGAAGUGUGGAUGGGGAAGUGGCGCGGAGAGAAGGUGGCUGUCAAAGUGUUUUUCACCACGGAGGAGGCCAGCUGGUUCCGAGAGACGGAGAUCUACCAGACGGUGCUGAUGCGCCACGAGAACAUCCUCGGGUUCAUAGCCGCAGACAUUAAAGGCACGGGGUCCUGGACGCAGCUCUACCUGAUCACUGAUUACCAUGAGAACGGGUCUCUCUACGACUUCCUGAAGUGUGCCACCCUGGACACCAGAGCCCUGCUCAAGCUGGCUUACUCGGCUGCCUGCGGCCUGUGCCACCUGCACACAGAGAUUUACGGCACCCAGGGGAAGCCUGCGAUUGCGCAUCGCGACCUCAAGAGCAAGAACAUCCUCAUCAAGAAGAAUGGGAGCUGCUGCAUUGCUGACCUGGGCCUCGCGGUCAAGUUCAACAGUGACACCAAUGAGGUGGAUGUGCCCUUGAAUACCAGGGUGGGCACCAAGCGCUACAUGGCCCCGGAGGUGCUGGACGAAAGCCUGAACAAGAACCACUUCCAGCCCUACAUCAUGGCCGACAUCUACAGCUUCGGCCUGAUCGUCUGGGAGAUGGCCCGCCGCUGUGUCACAGGAGGCAUUGUGGAGGAGUACCAGCUGCCGUACUACAACAUGGUCCCCAGCGACCCGUCCUACGAGGACAUGCGGGAGGUCGUGUGUGUCAAGCGCCUGCGGCCACUGGUGUCCAACCGCUGGAACAGUGACGAAUGCCUGCGCGCCGUGCUGAAGCUCAUGUCCGAGUGCUGGGCCCACAACCCGGCCUCCAGGCUCACCGCGCUGAGGGUCAAGAAGACGCUGGCCAAGAUGGUGGAGUCCCAGGACGUGAAGAUCUGACGCCCGCCCGACAGCCACAGGCUGCUCACGCUCCCCUGCCGCGUCCUGAGGGACGAGGGGGCCCCUCGGCCUUCCCACGCGGACAGCUUUAUUCGAAAUACGGUUUUCCAUGCCUUUUUUAACUGAGUUUUUAUGCGCUGCGUCAAGACUCCGACCCUGACCCUUACGUCUCCAGUCCCGCUCUGGGCACGGAGCUGCCUGUCCUCCAGUGGUGCUUUCUGUGAAAGCCGUAGCGCGCUUAGGGCUCAGCCGCGCGCCUGCCUCCUGGGAAGCGCAGUGUCUACUCUGCCUCUGUGUCGCGGCCUCCCCUGGGGGGUGCCUACUGCCCUUUGCGGCCCGCUGCUGCCCGUCCUGGAAUGCAAAGGAAACGGUUCACGUGCACACAGGAAGAGGCCGGGGCUGGUGGCUUUGCGCUUUACAAACGCAUUACGUGGCCAGGGGUGGCCAGUGGGUCCAGGCCGUUUGUCUCGCAAGUGGGGCGGCUUCCCAGCAGUUUCCUCCGGUAACGUAACAGUUACUGUAAAGGCCAAAAGAAUGAACGUGUCUGCACGUUUGGACUGUGUCCCUUUCUGCUGCCACCCCCUUCCUUUUUUGUAAUUACUGUUUUCGUCAUGCAGUGCAUCCUAUCCAAAGUAGAGCUCCAGUGCCACGUACACGUUGAUGAAGCAGCUGCUCCUGAGCAAAGUGAUCGCUGCGUUUGGCAGCAGUGUAAGUGCCUAAACCAUGUCCGCGUUCUGUGUGCACAGGGACUUUUAAAAGGGAAGUCAUUUGUGUCACGUGUGCGGUGCGCUCCUCCCUGGCCGUGUCCAUCAGCCCGCAGCAGCCGCCUCGAGGCUGCGCCACCCGCCUGUCCUUGAGGGCAGUGGCAUCUGUGCGGACGAUGCCAUCUCAGCUGUCUAGAGACACAUGUGUCGGCUGGUAGAAGCCACCGGUACUCUGCAGAUGUGCAGACACCUGAAGCGCGGAGGUGGCGUUUCUGGUCCCUGACUGGUGAGGAGGAGGAGGACAGCAGUGCGGAGUGUUCCGUGCUCCUGUCCGCGCUCUGGGGCUCUGACCGCCACAGCGACACCAAUCUCUGCUAGAGGCCUGGUGCCCCCCGAGGGACACUGAGAACCUGAAGCUCACGUGCGUGUGUCACGCCUUUGAAAUGCUCCACUGGUUCCCAGCAACCAACUCAGAAAGCGUCGUGAGGCCAGGCAGGUGCAGAUGGGCGGAGCCAGCGCGGGUCCCCACCAAAGCCGUGGCUCACUUGAGGCCAGAAGGGCGGCCGAUGUCCUCACCCCGGCCUCACCAGGUGGAGGCGUAGCUUCCUCUUGUGUUCACCACGCUCCCUCUAGCAGGUUCCGUUUGACAUGAGGGUGAAGCCGCUCAGGUGACCCUGCCUGCCCUCCUCCCUGGGGAGCAGUGGGGCACUGGGAUCAGAGGCAGCCUGACUGGGGCCGUUAGCCCGAUUCCUUUUCCCUGGGUGGACUUGAUCUUGGAAGUCACUUGCCCCUACUGAGGAGCACACAGGAGGAGGCGCACAGCCUUCCUCUGAGCGCCGGCGGCAGGCAUGUGGAGGCCGAGGGGCCACACGAGGUCGCCGCCCUGAGUGUCUGGAGUGAACGUGGCCGAGGAGUGGCAUCAAGAGUGACCCUCAGCAGUGUGGUCAGUGAACGCGUGUUCCUCAAAAAGCAAAUGCCACCAUGUUUGUAAUUUUCAGAUUUUCCUCUAAAAGCGUUGCAUGGGAUGUAAGUGCCCUCUUAAAUUGGGAGUUCACGGGUAAGUGAAGUGCUCCAGUCCAACACACACACACACACACACACACACACACACACACACACACCCCACCAGGAAGCCUGGCCGGCUGCCCGAGUGUAGUGUAAGGGGCCAGCAUUCAUGGUGGAGGAACUCUGCGUGUGAGCUUUCACGCUGGCCGGCAGGGCCUGCGUCAGAGGCGCUUGCAGGGCCCCGGCCUUCCGCCUGGACCAGCCCACUUGCACCCUGACCAUGCCGGGGAGCCCUCCGUGCAGGGCAGAGUCCGGCCCACAGCCGGGGCCCACCCUGUGUCCAGAGCGCGGCUGAGCCAGGAGCCAGCUGCCCGCCUGCUCCGUUGUGUGCUCCUGGGUGUGCCAGGCUUUUUGUGUAGCCACUUAACCAAUGCCCAGUUCCUUGUGUCCGGCUGUUGCCCUGGUCAGAAUGAAAGCCUGGGGUUUCCAGGGUGGUGCAUCUCUGAGUCAGCCGAGGUGACCCUGCACCUGAAGGAUUUAGCUCGGGACCCGUCUUGUAGGCUGAAAACCUUUCUUCCCGGGUGUGCUCCGGAGCCUCAGAGGAGCACUGAGGGUUCAGGGCCAGCCUGGCCUCCGAGGUGCGUCCCAGGCUGCCUGCGCUCCAUCUCGAGACCCUGGAGCAGAGAACAAGACGACGAACGAGGCCAGGGGCCCUCCGUGGGGCUCCCCUGAGGGGACGUGUGCUCGCACGUGUGCGGAGGUGGGCCGCGUUGCAGUGACCUGAGCCGUGUCUGCGCUCUGCUGCGGUGGAAUAACUUGAGCUCUCAGUGCCCUUCCCCUCCCCACCGAAAGUGUAGUAUAUGUUGUAUAAAAUGAAAAUAUCACAGCUAGUUAGGGAACUGUACAUAGACAUUGAAAAGGGUACAAAGCAGUCUUAUUAUGCAAUUGUAAAACGCCAGACAUCAGAUUGCUCUUUGAUACCCAACACACUAAGUGUAUUUUGUACAGCAUCUGCUUUAAAGGGUGCCUUACUCGGUUUACCGCUGACUGCUCUGUCCUCCAUACAGAUGAUGGCCCGUGUAUCAUUUCUAAGUAAAUAACCUUAUUUUAGUA